AUGUUCAUCAUUCAUGCAGCUCCUGUAUCUGCAGCAUUCUCCGAGAUGACAGGGAACGUGCCGAAGUCCCUCGACAUGUCAUCCCUUUGGAACAAACUAUGCGCCCACCUUCAACGGCGUGCAAGCCAUUGCAACUCCUCCUGCAGCCCUCUGUUGUUUGCUUCUCCAACGUCUUUCCCAAACUUCACGCUACCACAAUUCAUGGCUGGCUCAUGGUCUAUCAACCAUCGACCAGGACGUCAGCGUCAAACGCCAUGCUGUAGCACUGACCCGCCAGUCCCAUCAUCCGUUCGCCAAUUUUUGACUUCAACCCUUGUAGCGUGCGACGUCGACCAGGCUGAAGGGCUGGCAAAGCCAACAGAUGCACUCAGUCAGCUCGCCUGGCAUUUGCUGUCCAUCCCGCUUGCCACACACGCCACUCGUCUCCAAACGAGCGCCGAGUUCAAUUGCAGGCCUCCUGGUAAUAUCCAGCAACGUCUUAUGUCUUGCGGAGUAAGUUUCGCCAAGUCGGCGCCUGUGCCUUGA